AUGGAGAACCCGCCUGCCUCGACUCCCACCCCUGGCCGACCGCCGCCGGGCCUCGCUGCUUCCGAGGCGGCCGCACGCACCGUCCAGAUAGAGUUUCCCCAGCACAGCGCGUCGCUGCUGGAAACCCUGGACCGCCACCGAUUGGAGGGGAAGUUCUGCCAUGUGUCCCUCCUUGUGCAGGGCCGCGAGCUCAGGGCGCACAAAGCCAUGUUGGCCGCCGCCUCCCCUUACUUCCACGACAAGCUGCUUUUGGGGGACACGCCCCUUUUCACUCUGCCCAGUGUCACUGAAGCCGACGCCUUCGAGGGGCUGCUGCAGCUCAUCUAUUCCGGACGCCUCCUCCUGCCGCUGGACGCCCUGCCUGCCCAUCUCCUCGUAGCCAGUGGCCUUCGGAUGCGGCAGGUCGUAGAUCGGUGCUCAGCGAUUCUUAGGGAACUAGAAACGUCAGGCGGUGGCAUCUCCGCCCGUGGAGGAGUCUCCUGCCACUCGUUGCCCGCGGCGUCUGCGGCAGGCCGCUGCGUCCGCUCCUCCGCCGGCCAGAAACCCGCGCAGUCCUUCCCCUCUGCAGAGAGCUGCGCAUCUCCUGGGAGCCCCGGAGGAGGUGAGGGCAGUGAACUGGGAGAAGUGCUGCAAAUUCAGGUGAAGGAGGAGGAGGAAGAAGAAGAGGAGAAGGAGGACCGCUGGGCAGCAGCCUCACACUCUCAGGUUCCUAGGCCUCAGAGAGUAUCGUGCAAGCUUCCCCGCGCUCAUGGAUCCUAUCAGGUGCCCAAACCUGCUCCUUCUCACAGGCUUGCAGAGGGUGACAGUCCAGCCCUUGAGCCCCCUGCCCCUCCUACAGUGCCCCCCCCCCAGAUCACCCCCGUUAAGCUGAAUUCCUUACAGUUCAAGGGAGAAAUGUCCGGAGGUGGCAUUCCAUCUGGAGGAGCAAAGGAGAAGACCAGAGUACUUCCUGGAGGAGACGUCGAGGGCAAUGGGGAGCUGAGGUUCCUACUGUCCUCCGGAGCAGGGGCGACCUCUGGAGGAGGAGGUCGGUCCUGGAAGCCCGUGGAUCUCCAUGGGAAUGAAAUCUUGUCUGGGGGUGGAGGGCCUGGAGGAGGGGGCAGACCGUGCAUGGGCCCGUCAAGCUAGGGGAGGGGGGCACCGCCUGCCUAUGGGAAACGCUUUGACUGCUUGUGUGGAAAGCGGUUUGUGGUAAAGCCCAAACGAGGCCGGCACAUCAUGCUGACCUUCAGUCUUCGCCCUGUUGGGUGCGGCAUCUGUAACAAGCGCUUCAAGCUGAAGCACCAUCUCACGGAGCACAUGAAGACCCAUGCCGGCGCCCUCCAUGAUUGUCCCUACUGUGGCCCUCAGUUACGGGUCCACGCUUGUUAUCUUCGCCACCACGAUCUGUGCAAGGGCCAGGGCUGGUCCACUGCACACUGGACUUACAAGUGA